AUGGCAUUGGACCCCUUUACCCCAGUCUUCCAGUUAAAUAAUGCGAUCCGGGAGAAUGCCUGUCAACCCUCAGCUGAUGACCCGUCAUUAUGGGUAGACGAAGUUGGGCCUAUAUUAACGAGCAUGUUGGUUAUGGCCGGCUACUCUUCUUACUCGACGUUGAUUCACAUGAAGUUCUUCCAAGAGUCGGUGGCACGAUCUUUAGGGCCUCAUCCCAGAGGGCGCGGGCCUGGCGACUGGAAGAGUUUCAUGACGGAUGACCAUACCCCAGUCGAGUUAAGCUGGUGUUGGUCUACAUCGACAGCACACCCGGCGGUCCGGUACUCAGUGGAACCAAUUGGCUCAUUUGCUGGACAGGAAUUCGAUCCCACCAACACCACUGCCAGUCUGCGCCUACUUGAAGAUGCUUCCCCUUUAGCUACAAACUUGGAUCUGUACCUACACAACCAUUUCGAGAGCUUGCUUUUGUUGCGGAAUGAACAAAUCGAGAGAAUUGAUAACCAACCCUCGCUUGCGCCUCAGUCACAAAGCUUUUUGGCCUUCGACUUGCUGGAAACAUUAAUGGUUGUCAAGCAAUACUAUUUGCCCGAACGGAGAGCCUUGUCGAAAGGAAAACAAAAUCUUGAAAUUAUCAAAUACGCAAUUCAAAAGCUUCCUCCGCCGGCGAACGCUUUGACGGACUCCAUUGAUAUGUUCAAUGAGUUUUAUGACUCAUUUCAAGAGCAUUCUCAACCAGCUGUCGAGAUCAUGGCCAUCGAUUGCGUCGAUCCGUGCCAGUCUCGUUUGAAAAUAUACAUUCGAUCACAUCUCACGACGCUGGAGAGUGUAGUUGAUAUAUUGAGCCUAGGUGGGAGAGCUCCCAAAACCGAGGACGAGGAAGAAUCUUUACGAGAGCUUUGGUGCUCAGUCUUUGGUUUGAAUGCAAACAAUUAUCAUAAAACCCAGCCCCUCCGUGAAAUGGAGCACCGUACAGGCGGCAUCCUUUAUUACUUCGAGCUGAAAAGGGGGACUAAGGCUCCCAAGUCAAAGGUAUACCUGCCCGUUCGACACUACGCGCACAGCGAUGAGCAAAUUUCUCGAGGGCUAUCCGACUAUCUUGCCCGUCGUGGGAAGACGCUGGCUACAGGAUCUUAUUAUGACGGGGUCAAAAGUUUAUGUAACCACCGGGACCUUGCCAAUGGAUUAGGAUUCCACACCUAUAUAUGCUGGGCUUCUGAUAAGGGCCACUGGAAUGUCACUGCCUACUUCAAUCCGGAGAUUUACCAUCAGUCUCGUUCCACGAGUCUCCCAAUUGACCAAGAGGAACCGAAUAUCCACUACUAUCGAUGA